AUGGCUCCCAAUUGGAAAGUAUUUGUUUUAGUUUGUGCAACUUUGUGGAUUUCUAACUCCCUUGGAUUUACCAUUGAGUCCAAUCAAACAUCAACCAAGUUAAAAGUUGGAGAGCACGAUGCUCCGGUGAAAAUUGAUGCAAACGACAAUAGUACUUCAACUUUUUUGCGAAAAAGCCCCAUAAAGUGUGGAUCUCAUGAGGAAUACCUCAACUGCGGGCCUUCGUGUGAGAUUGACUGCACAUCAAUUGGAAGAUCAUGCAAUAAAAAUGAAUGUCGCCCUGGUUGCUUCUGUCGUCCAGGAUACUUGAGAGAAGGUCCUGGUGGAAAGUGUGUGUUGCAAAAGAAGUGCCCAAGACCUUCAUGUCCUAAACAUGAGGAGUAUUUAUUCUGCGGAGAAGCUCCACUAUGUCAAACCACAUGCGAAACUUAUGGGAAAUCUUGCAAUGUUAAACCGUCUUCAUCGUACUGCCCACAAGGAUGUUACUGCAAACACGGAUAUGCCCGUCAUCCUGUUACCAAUCAGUGUAUUCACGUUAAAAGUUGCCCCUCAAUUGAGUAUGUUCCACAGAAACCACCACCACCACCCCCAACGACUACCACAACAACAACUACAACCACAACAACCACUGAGAAGCCCGAAUCCUGCGGGAGGUAUGAAGAAUUCCUCCAUUGUGGACCAUCUUGCCAAAUUGAAUGUUCCAAUUUGGGUCAAGAUUGUCCCACCUACAAAGGGAAGUGCACAAGUGGAUGCUACUGCAAGGCUGGGUAUGCCAGAGAUGGUCCUGGUGGACCGUGUAUUCCUCAGAAGAGUUGCCCACAGCCCUACUGCCCUAAAAAUGAAGUUUGGUUGGCUUGUGGGCAAGCUCCAAGGUGUCAGGAAACAUGCGAUGGCGUAGAUCGAGAUUGUGAAGGACGCAAGUAUGUUAGUGAUUGUCCAUCUGGUUGCUACUGUCGCAAAGGGUAUGCUCGACACCCCACAACCGGAGAAUGUAUCAAGAAGCGCGAUUGCCCAACUCAACCACAGUGUGGAGCAAAUGAAGAUUACAAUGAUUGUGGGUACCGCUGUAAGGAGACCUGCUAUGGUGGAGGCAAGGCCUGUUACUAUGAAAAAUGCGAAUCUGGGUGUUUCUGUUCAGAAGGCUACGUCCGAAUUGAUGGGCAAUGUGUUUCAAUUGAUAAUUGUGUUAAAAAGUGUCCGGCCAAUGAAGAAUAUGUGUCGUGUGGAAAACGCUGCAAUGAAGACUGCAACGGCUCCGAAAAGUAUUGCAGUAAGGAACCCUGUACGGAGGGUUGCUUCUGCAUAAACGGCUACAAAAGAGUGGAAGGAGUUUGUGUUCCAAUUAAGAAUUGUCCUCCUCCAAAGUGCCCUAAAGCCAAUGAGGUGUACACAACUUGCGGAAAGUCUUGCAAUGAAGAUUGUACUAAAUCAAGUGAUGAAUGCAGAGGAGAGAAAUGCAGGGAAGGUUGCUUCUGUGCUAAAGGAUUUAAACGAGUAAACGGUCGUUGCGUACCUGAAGAAGAUUGUGAGUGCCCGAAGAAUGAGGAAUACAAAUGCGGUACCGACUGUGAUGAGGACUGCAGUGCUUAUUCGGUGCAGUGUUGGACUAAGAAGUGUCGCAACAAGUGCCAUUGCAUAAAGAAUUACAAGAGAAUUGACGGAGUAUGUUUACCGCCAUCUAAAUGCCCGUGUCCAAGUAACGAGGAAUAUACUUAUGGUAACAAGUGCAUGGAGCAAUGCGGGACAUCCGAUAGUGAAUGUGCAGCUCAGAAAAGCUAUUUCGAUUGUUUCUGCAUGAGCGGUUACAAAAGAAUAGACGGAGUAUGUGUCCCGGAUUCUCAGUGCCCGUGUGAUCAAUACGAAACGUACAGAUACGGCGAUCGCUGCAGUGAGCAAUGCAAUGAUGGCAGCCUGGAUUGUUCUCAGGACGAAUGCUUCAAAGCUUGUUUUUGUAACGAAGGAUUCGUAAGGAUUGAUGGAAAGUGUGUCAUUGGUCAGAACUGCGAAUGCGGAGAAAAUGAGGCCUAUUUAAACAGCAACGAUUGCUAUCAGGAUUGUAGUAAAACAUGGGAAGAAUGUGAAGCGUUGCCAACAUCAUUCAGGUGUGCUUGUGUAAGGAAUUACUACAGGAUUAAUGGAACAUGUCAAAUUUAUAAGAACUGUCCUUGUGGUAAAAAUGAGGUGUACGGAUUUUCUAACGAUUGCUUUGAUACUUGUGGAACAAUACCUGAUGAAUGCGCGAAACAAACAUUCCUUAAUAAAUGCUUCUGUAAGCCAGGAUAUAAAAGGAUUUUAGGUGUAUGCGUUAAAGACAAUUUAUGUCCUUGUGACAAAUUCGAAGAAUACAAAUAUGGAGACAGAUGUAGAGAGAACUGUCAAGAAAACUACGACGAUUGUCCAGAUGUGGCAACCGUUCAAGGAUGCUUCUGUAAGGAAGGCUAUGUCAGAGUUAAUGGAACAUGUCAAACAUUUAAUAAUUGUCAAUGCGGAUAUCAUGAAGAAUAUUCAUACUCCAAUGAUUGCUUAGAGUCUUGUGAUGGUAAUCCUAAAAAUUGUAAGGACAUACCGAUUGUAGCAGGUUGCUAUUGUGCUCCUAAUUUCAGGAGAAACGAGGAUGGUUAUUGCAUGCCUGAUACAAAAUGUCCAUGUAGUGAUCCGAAUUCUGAAUACAAGCAAGGUAAAAGAUGUGAAGAUAAAUGUGAGGAACCUUCGUACUGUUCAGAAAAAGGAUGCUAUAAAGCAUGUUACUGCAAGGAUGGUUACAAAUUAAUUGACGGAUCAUGUCAACCUGAUUCCCAGUGUCCAUGUGACGAAUACGAAACGUACAGAUACGGCGAUCGGUGUAGUGAACAAUGCAAUGAUGGCAGCCUGGAUUGUUCUCAGGACGAAUGCUUCAAAGCUUGUUUUUGUAACGAAGGAUUCGUAAGGAUUGAUGGAAAGUGUGUCAUUGGUCAGAACUGCGAAUGCGGAGAAAAUGAGGCCUAUUUAAACAGCAACGAUUGCUAUCAGGAUUGUAGUAAAACAUGGGAAGAAUGUGAAGCGUUGCCAACAUCAUUCAGGUGUGCUUGUGUAAGGAAUUACUACAGGAUUAAUGGAACAUGUCAAAUUUAUAAGAACUGUCCUUGUGGUAAAAAUGAGGUGUACGGAUUUUCUAACGAUUGCUUUGAUACUUGUGGAACAAUACCUGAUGAAUGCGCGAAACAAACAUUCCUUAAUAAAUGCUUCUGUAAGCCAGGAUAUAAAAGGAUUUUAGGAGUAUGCGUUAAAGACAAUUUAUGUCCUUGUGACAAAUUUGAAGAAUACAAAUAUGGAGACAGAUGUAGAGAGAACUGUCAAGAAAACUACGACGAUUGUCCAGAUGUGGCAACCGUUCAAGGAUGCUUCUGUAAGGAAGGCUAUGUCAGAGUUAAUGGAACAUGUCAAACAUUUAAUAAUUGUCAAUGCGGAUAUCAUGAAGAAUAUUCAUACUCCAAUGAUUGCUUAGAGUCUUGUGAUGGUAAUCCUAAAAAUUGUAAGGACAUACCGAUUGUAGCAGGUUGCUAUUGUGCUCCUAAUUUCAGGAGAAACGAGGAUGGUUAUUGCAUGCCUGAUACAAAAUGUCCAUGUAGUGAUCCGAAUUCUGAAUACAAGCAAGGUAAAAGAUGUGAAGAUAAAUGUGAGGAACCUUCGUACUGUUCAGAAAAAGGAUGCUAUAAAGCAUGUUACUGCAAGGAUGGUUACAAAUUAAUUGACGGAUCAUGUCAACCUGAUUCCCAGUGUCCAUGUGACGAAUACGAAACGUACAGAUACGGCGAUCGGUGUAGUGAACAAUGCAAUGAUGGCAGCCUGGAUUGUUCUCAGGACGAAUGCUUCAAAGCUUGUUUUUGUAACGAAGGAUUCGUAAGGAUUGAUGGAAAGUGUGUCAUUGGUCAGAACUGCGAAUGCGGAGAAAAUGAGGCCUAUUUAAACAGCAACGAUUGCUAUCAGGAUUGUAGUAAAACAUGGGAAGAAUGUGAAGCGUUGCCAACAUCAUUCAGGUGUGCUUGUGUAAGGAAUUACUACAGGAUUAAUGGAACAUGUCAAAUUUAUAAGAACUGUCCUUGUGGUAAAAAUGAGGUGUACGGAUUUUCUAACGAUUGCUUUGAUACUUGUGGAACAAUACCUGAUGAAUGCGCGAAACAAACAUUCCUUAAUAAAUGCUUCUGUAAGCCAGGAUAUAAAAGGAUUUUAGGAGUAUGCGUUAAAGACAAUUUAUGUCCUUGUGACAAAUUUGAAGAAUACAAAUAUGGAGACAGAUGUAGAGAGAACUGUCAAGAAAACUACGACGAUUGUCCAGAUGUGGCAACCGUUCAAGGAUGCUUCUGUAAGGAAGGCUAUGUCAGAGUUAAUGGAACAUGUCAAACAUUUGAAAAUUGCGGAUGUGGCAAUAAUGAAAAAUAUACCUAUUCAAACGAAUGUUUGGAAACAUGCGAUGGAAAUCCAAUAACUUGUGCCGGUAUUCCCACCGAAGGUGGCUGUUAUUGUGCUCCUGGUUAUCGACGCGAUAGUAAUGGAGACUGCAUUGUCGACACAGAUUGUCCUUGCACAGAUCCUAAUUCAGAAUAUAAACCAGGAAAGAGUUGUGAGGAUGAUUGUGAUCCAUCAAGCGAUUGCUCAGGACAAGUGUGCUAUAAAGGAUGUUUCUGCAAGGAUGGAUUUAAGAAUAUCGAUGGAAGCUGCCAACCAGAAUCUGGCUGUACGUGCAGUGGAACAAAUGAACAAUAUGGAACGUCCAAUGAUUGCUUAGAUACAUGCGAUGGAAAUCCAAUAACUUGUGCUGGUAUCCCCACUGACGGUGGCUGCUACUGCGCUCCUGGCUAUCAACGCGACAGUAAUGGAGACUGCAUUGUCGAUACAGAUUGUCCUUGCACAGAUCCUAAUUCAGAAUAUAAACCAGGAAAGAGUUGUGAGGAUGAUUGUGAUCCAUCAAGCGAUUGCUCAGGACAAGUGUGCUAUAAAGGAUGUUUCUGCAAGGAUGGAUUUAAGAAUAUCGAUGGAAGCUGCCAACCAGAAUCUGGCUGUACGUGCAGUGGAACAAAUGAACAAUAUGGAACGUCCAAUGAUUGCUUAGAUACAUGCGAUGGAAAUCCAAUAACUUGUGCUGGUAUCCCCACUGACGGUGGCUGCUACUGCGCUCCUGGCUAUCGACGCGACAGUAAUGGAGACUGCAUUGUCGAUACAGAUUGUCCUUGCACAGAUCCUAAUUCAGAAUAUAAACCAGGAAAGAGUUGUGAGGAUGAUUGUGAUCCAUCAAGCGAUUGCUCAGGACAAGUGUGCUAUAAAGGAUGUUUCUGCAAGGAUGGAUUUAAGAAUAUCGAUGGAAGCUGCCAACCAGAAUCUGGCUGUACGUGCAGUGGAACAAAUGAACAAUAUGGAACGUCCAAUGAUUGCUUAGAUACAUGCGAUGGAAAUCCAAUAACUUGUGCUGGUAUCCCCACUGACGGUGGCUGCUACUGCGCUCCUGGCUAUCAACGCGACAGUAAUGGAGACUGCAUUGUCGAUACAGAUUGUCCUUGCACAGAUCCUAAUUCAGAAUAUAAACCAGGAAAGAGUUGUGAGGAUGAUUGUGAUCCAUCAAGCGAUUGCUCAGGACAAGUGUGCUAUAAAGGAUGUUUCUGCAAGGAUGGAUUUAAGAAUAUCGAUGGAAGCUGCCAACCAGAAUCUGGCUGUACGUGCAGUGGAACAAAUGAACAAUAUGGAACGUCCAAUGAUUGCUUAGAUACAUGCGAUGGAAAUCCAAUAACUUGUGCUGGUAUCCCCACUGACGGUGGCUGCUACUGCGCUCCUGGCUAUCAACGCGACAGUAAUGGAGACUGCAUUGUCGAUACAGAUUGUCCUUGCACAGAUCCUAAUUCAGAAUAUAAACCAGGAAAGAGUUGUGAGGAUGAUUGUGAUCCAUCAAGCGAUUGCUCAGGACAAGUGUGCUAUAAAGGAUGUUUCUGCAAGGAUGGAUUUAAGAAUAUCGAUGGAAGCUGCCAACCAGAAUCUGGCUGUACGUGCAGUGGAACAAAUGAACAAUAUGGAACGUCCAAUGAUUGCUUAGAUACAUGCGAUGGAAAUCCAAUAACUUGUGCUGGUAUCCCCACUGACGGUGGCUGCUACUGCGCUCCUGGCUAUCAACGCGACAGUAAUGGAGACUGCAUUGUCGAUACAGAUUGUCCUUGCACAGAUCCUAAUUCAGAAUAUAAACCAGGAAAGAGUUGUGAGGAUGAUUGUGAUCCAUCAAGCGAUUGCUCAGGACAAGUGUGCUAUAAAGGAUGUUUCUGCAAGGAUGGAUUUAAGAAUAUAGAUGGAAGCUGCCAACCAGAAUCUGGCUGUACGUGCAGUGGAACAAAUGAACAAUAUGGAACGUCCAAUGAUUGCUUAGAUACAUGCGAUGGAAAUCCAAUAACUUGUGCUGGUAUCCCCACUGACGGUGGCUGCUACUGCGCUCCUGGCUAUCGACGCGACAGUAAUGGAGACUGCAUUGUCGAUACAGAUUGUCCUUGCACAGAUCCUAAUUCAGAAUAUAAACCAGGAAAGAGUUGUGAGGAUGAUUGUGAUCCAUCAAGCGAUUGCUCAGGACAAGAGUGCUAUAAAGGAUGUUUCUGCAAGGAUGGAUUUAAGAAUAUCGAUGGAAGCUGCCAACCAGAAUCUGGCUGUACGUGUAGUGGAACAAAUGAACAAUAUGGAACGUCCAAUGAUUGCUUAGAUACAUGCGAUGGAAAUCCAAUAACUUGUGCUGGUAUUCCAACCGACGGUGGCUGCUAUUGCGCUCCUGGUUAUCGACGCGAUAGCAAUGGAGACUGCAUUGUCGACACAGAUUGUCCUUGCACAGAUCCUAAUGCUGAAUAUAAGCAAGGAAAAAUGUGUGAUGACCUCUGUGUUCCAGAUGUUGGAUGUACUAAUGAAAUAUGCUUUAAGUCCUGUUAUUGUUUAGAUGGUUUCAAGAAUAUCGCUGGAACAUGUACUCCUGAAGCACAAUGUUGUACAGAUCCAAAUGCGCAAUAUGUAUUUGGAAGCGAUUGCCUAGAUCAGUGCACAGGAACGCCUGAUUCUUGCGCGGGUCAGCCUGUUACUUUGGAUUGUCAUUGCAACCCUGGCUUCAGAAAAGAUUCAACAGGAACCUGUGUGGCAGACACCAACUGCCCGUGCACUGAUCCUAACGCUGAAUUCAGAACAGGUAAACCUUGUGAAGAUGAAUGUGUUCCACCAUCAACUUGUCCUACUGAUGAUUGCUACAAAGACUGCUUCUGCCAGGAUGGAUAUAAGAAUAUCGCUGGAACUUGUACUCCUGAAGCACAAUGUUGCACAGAUCCAAAUGCGCAAUAUGUAUUGGGAAGCGAUUGCCUAGAUCAGUGCACAGGAACGCCUGAUUCAUGCGCAGGUCAGCCUGUUACUUUGGAUUGUCAUUGCAACCCUGGCUUCAGAAAAGAUUCAACAGGAACAUGUGUGGCAGACACCAACUGCCCGUGCACUGAUUCUAACGCUGAAUUCAGAACAGGUAAACCUUGUGAAGAUGAAUGUGUUCCACCAUCAACUUGUCCUACUGAUGAUUGCUACAAAGACUGCUUCUGCCAGGAUGGAUAUAAGAAUAUCGCUGGAACUUGUACUCCUGAAGCACAAUGUUGCACAGAUCCAAAUGCGCAAUAUGUAUUGGGAAGCGAUUGCCUAGAUCAGUGCACAGGAACGCCUGAUUCUUGCGCGGGUCAGCCUGUUACUUUGGAUUGUCAUUGCAACCCUGGCUUCAGAAAAGAUUCAACAGGAACCUGUGUGGCAGACACCAACUGCCCGUGCACUGAUCCUAACGCUGAAUUCAGAACAGGUAAACCUUGUGAAGAUGAAUGUGUUCCACCAUCAACUUGUCCUACUGAUGAUUGCUACAAAGACUGCUUCUGCCAAGAUGGAUAUAAGAAUAUCGCUGGAACUUGUACUCCUGAAGCACAAUGUUGUACAGAUCCAAAUGCGCAAUAUGUAUUGGGAAGCGAUUGCCUAGAUCAGUGCACAGGAACGCCUGAUUCUUGCGCGGGUCAGCCUGUUACUUUGGAUUGUCAUUGCAACCCUGGCUUCAGAAAAGAUUCAACAGGAACCUGUGUGGCAGACACCAACUGCCCGUGCACUGAUCCUAACGCUGAAUUCAGAACAGGUAAACCUUGUGAAGAUGAAUGUGUUCCACCAUCAACUUGUCCUACAGAAGAUUGCUACAAAGAUUGCUUCUGCCAAGAUGGAUAUAAGAAUAUCGCUGGAACUUGUACUCCUGAAGCACAAUGUUGUACAGAUCCAAAUGCGCAAUAUGUAUUGGGAAGCGAUUGCCUAGAUCAGUGCACAGGAACGCCUGAUUCUUGCGCGGGUCAGCCUGUUACUUUGGAUUGUCAUUGCAACCCUGGCUUCAGAAAAGAUUCAACAGGAACCUGUGUGGCAGACACCAACUGCCCGUGCACUGAUUCUAACGCUGAAUUCAGAACAGGUAAACCUUGUGAAGAUGAAUGUGUUCCACCAUCAACUUGUCCUACUGAUGAUUGCUACAAGGAUUGCUUCUGCCAAGAUGGAUAUAAGAAUAUCGCUGGAACUUGUACUCCUGAAGCACAAUGUUGUACAGAUCCAAAUGCGCAAUAUGUAUUGGGAAGCGAUUGCCUAGAUCAGUGCACAGGAACGCCUGAUUCUUGCGCGGGUCAGCCUGUUACUUUGGAUUGUCAUUGCAACCCUGGCUUCAGAAAAGAUUCAACAGGAACAUGUGUGGCAGACACCAACUGCCCGUGCACUGAUUCUAACGCUGAAUUCAGAACAGGUAAACCUUGUGAAGAUGAAUGUGUUCCACCAUCAACUUGUCCUACAGAAGAUUGCUACAAAGAUUGCUUCUGCCAGGAUGGCUUCAAGAAUAUUGGAGGAACUUGCCAACCUGAAUCAAAUUGCGUAUGUUCAGAUGGUCCAAAUGAACAGUAUGGAUAUUCCAAUCCAUGUCUGGACAGUUGUACUGGAACCGCAGAUUCAUGUGCAGGACAACCUGUAACUGCAGGAUGUUACUGCGAACCUGGCUAUAAGCGAGAUGCAAAUAAUCAAUGUAUCCCUGAAGCACAAUGCCCAUGUUCUGACCCAAAUGCUGAGUACAAAUCAGGAAAAGCAUGUGAACAAGAAUGUACUGUACCAGCAGAUUGUGAAAGUCAAGAUUGCACCAAGGCAUGCUACUGCAAGACUGGAUUCAAAUUAAUUAAUAAUGUUUGCGCACCUCAAAGUGAAUGUCAAUGCACAGGUUCUAAUGAGAGUGUGAGUUCGAGUCACACUCUACAGGAUGCCACUGUAGGAAUGGAUUUAAGAGGAUAA